CAAGUUUUUUCUUUAAAUUUCCUACGUCAAUGGCCCAGAACUUUAUCUAGAUUGUAGUGAAUUUUCUACAACUUGUCCUAUCCAAACUUCGGAGAAAACGUUUUUUAAAGUAAAGUGGGUUGGGGUAGCAGAGGAUGAUCGUUUAUUUAUGCAUGGCUUUCAUCAUAAUUCCAAGAACUCUAAAACGUCUGCGCAACCAAUUUAUGCACAUUUAUGCAUAACUGUCUAUUGAGUCAGAAUUGUCGCUUCGCUAAAAGAAAACGAGAACUUUCUGACACUUAAGUCCAGUGAAGUAAAACGAUUCUUUCAAAAUGAACGUCGAGAAGAUUUGUUUGUUGGUUCGUACUUGCAUUUCCUACGGACAUCUUGGAUACUUGAACUUAGAAAAUCAAGAGUUAAUCUGCCUUUACAACGAAUGCCUAGCCAUAUCCGACCACUUUGGGGACAUCUUCUGUGGUGCUCAGUUAAGCAUGCUUCUUGGUGAGUUGCAAGGGAAAAACUGUUUUGAAGAGUGUUCAAAAUAUCUAAAGAUGUCGAAAGUUUCAGAGCGAAAAGGUAACGAAAUGGAGGCAAAUGUGUAUUUAUUAAUGGCGAGAAAAUAUGGAAUGUUAUACAAACUCCAGAAAGCCAUUGAGUGUUGUAAAAAAGCCAUCGACAUCUCAAAACACCUCGGUAUAAGUGCGAUUGAGGGACGUGCAUACUGGGACCUUGGAAACCUUUAUGUAAAACUAAACUACUUCCGCAACGAAAUAAAAGAAUGUGCAGAAAACUGCUUACAAAUUGGCAACAAAUUAGAAGACAAGAAGUUAGAGGGAUGUGGUUACUUCCUGUUAGGGAGCGCCUACUUAGGCCAGGGUAAAUGGAAUGAAGGCAUUUGCUAUACCAAAAAAAGUCAAGAAAUUGCUUCACAAUUGAAUGACAAGCAUCUUUUAGGAGUAGCCUAUUCAAACAUCGGAAUUUGUUAUGACAACUUAGGUGAUUUGAAGCAGGCCAUUUAUAAUUUUAGAAUGGGUCUAGCGAUUGUAAAAGAAACAGGUGACAGAGCCGGAGAAAGUACGAUUUACGCAAGCAUGGGAAAAGUUUACCUUGCAUCAGGCUACUCCGAACAGGCUAUGAACUGUUAUCUAAAAAGCUUGAACAUAUCCAUUGCCAUCGGUAACAAAAAUGGGGAGGCAGCUUCUUACUUAGAUUUGGGAGGCCUUUACUGGGCACAAAGCAAAUACCACAAAUCCAUGGAAUGUUUUGAAAAAGGUCUUAAAGUCUUCAAAGACAUUAAAAGCAGAGUGGGAGAAGGGGCAGCAUAUCUGCACUUUUCAGGAGUAUAUUUUUCUGUUGGAAAAACCCAAGAAUCUCUGGUAGAGCUUAAGAAGAGUCUAGCAAUCGCGAUCGAAACGGGUGAUAAAAAGAGGCAAAUGAACUGCUAUGGCAACUUGGGAGUAAUCUAUCAAAAAUCAAAGAAAUAUGUGCUAGCAAUUAAGUACCACAAGGAUUGCCGAGAUUGCGCUAUUGAAAUUGGUGACAAGAUGGGAGAGGGAAGUGCUAAUUGCUACAUUGGGGGUGUCUACCUGAAUUUAGAACAACCUAAAGAGGCUCUUGGUUACUUCGAAACGAGCCUAAAUAUUGCCACAUCAUUCAAAGACAAGCGAGGAGAAGCAUAUGCUUAUUAUUACUUAGGAAAGGCAUACUUUUAUUUGGAUAGUUUUGACGAAGCCAUUACGUAUUUAGAAAAGAGCCUUAACAUCGCAAUGGAAAUCGGGAACAAGCGUAUUGCAGGAUGGGCCAACACAGACCUCGGAAUGAUAUACUACCAUCUAAUGACUUCUGAAGAGAAAAGUGAAGACGCAAAAGAAAAGGCGGAAGAAAAGUUGAAGAAGGCUGUGGAGUGCUGUGAAUGGCAAUUUAGUCAUUUAAGGGAUCUAAACGACUUCAAGAUAUCCAUUGUCGAUACAUACAUCAACACCUACGAGCUGCUUUCGAAAGUGCUGAUUGAACGCGGAAAGAUAGAAGAAGCCUUGCUGAUUAGCGAUCGCGGGCGAGCACGUUCAUUAGGAGAUAUUCUGGCUUCAAAGUAUGGUAUCACAGAAGCAAGAUACCCUAGCCAAAAACCACUUGAAAGCAAUGAUCUAGAAAGUGUUUUAUCAAGUAAUCAAUUCUGCAUUCUCUUCUUUGCAAUAGGACAUGCUUGGGCGUUAACACAUCAGAGGCCCAUAGUUUGCGUUAACAUUGACAGCCAAGCAUUGACUGCAGUCAAAGAACUGCAGCUGGAGAAAGAAGUCAAAACUAGGAAAUGCGAAAACCGAUCUCUUGAGUCAGCAGAAGAAAUUGAAUUUCCCAAAGUCAGCGAAAUUCAAGCAAAGAAAUCACCGAUUCAAUCAGUUGAAAGAUACGUAGUUCCAGUUGGGGAACCACAGAUGGAAGUAAAUGAGGAAAACAAAGAUCAACUCGAGGUCUUAUUCAGUUUGCUGAUUACCCCUGUGAUCCAACACCUCCAACACGAAGAGAUCGUCAUCAUUCCUGAUGGACCUUUGUACAGAGUGCCAUUUGCAGCUUUGAAAGAUCCAGUUACAAAGAAAUUCCUAUCUGAAACUAAGAGUAUUCGUUUCUCGCCGUCACUAGCGACUUUGAAAGGUUUAMRAGAAUGYMCUGUUGACUUCCACAGUAAAACAGGCGCGCUCAUAGUUGGAGACCCAGAUGUUGGAGACGUAGUUCUAAGGGGGGAAAAGACUUUCAUCACUCGUCUUCCAUCUGCAGAGCACGAGGCCAGAAUUAUUGGAGGACUAUUGGGUGCCGAGCCAUUAAUUGCAUCGCUGGCGACAAAGGAAAUGGUUAAACAAAAGAUGAAAGAGGGCGUUGCUGUCAUUCAUAUUGCAGCACAUGGAGACUCAGAUCAUGGACACAUAGCCCUUGCCCCAUCACCAAGAACAGAUGCAACAAGUAUCCCAGGAGAAGAGGACUACAUGCUGACAAUGCAGGAGGUACAAGAGAUUGGUGUUACAGCAAAACUUGUUGUCCUAAGCUGCUGUCACAGUGGUAGUGGAGACAUCAAGGCAGAGGGAGUGGUUGGAAUGAGUCGAGCUUUUCUUGCUGCAGGAGCUCGUGCUGUUGUAGCGUCGUUGUGGGCCGUUGAUGACGAGGCUACAUUAAAUUUCAUGACAAGCUUUUACACGUUUCUAAAGAUGGGAGAAAGUGCAAGUAAAAGCCUACGAAUGGCCAUAAAUGACAUAAGAGGAGAAGAAGAUUUUGAAGACCCAAAGUACUGGGAUCCUUUCUUUCUUAUUGGUGAUGAUGUCACCAUCAGUGUAUGAGAAAUGAGAAAGAACUAAGAUUACAGUGAACCAAAGUACUGGACUCCUUUCUUUUGUAUUGGUGAUGUUGUCACCAUCAGUGUAUGAGAAAUGAGAGAGAACCAAGAUUACAGUGAAGCAAAGCACUGGGCUCCUUUCUUUCUUAUUGGUGAUGAUGUCACCAUCAGUGUAUGAGAAAUGAGAGAGAACCAAGAUUACAGUGAACCAAAGUACUGGACUCCUUUCUUUCUUAUUGCUGAUGAUGUCACCAUCAGUGUAUGAGAAAUGAGAAAGAACUAAGAUUACAGUGAACCAAAGUACUGGACUCCAUACUGGUGAUGGAUAAAAACAAACAACAGAAACGUUUAGUUUGCGUGACAAAUUCACGCAAAACUUUAAGUAAACUUUUAGCAAAACGUUUAGGCCAUACUUCGUUGCCUUUUUAGUAUUGAUAGGAAUGGCAUUUACUUUCAUUUUUUCAAUUUCCUCAUCGGAAAUUGUAGCAAAACAAUUGCAGGCAGAUGCCAUUUUGUUGCCGACUCAAUAUUCCGAGAAUCAGAGGUGAAUGUCGUAAAAUAUUCACCUCCAAUUAAUUAACCAAUGAGCGCGCGCGUUCUUAGGAAGUACACAGGUUGGUAUAUGUAUAACUUUAAUUAUUCACAAGCUUGGCAACCGAUAAGGUCUUUCAUUUGGGUCACAUUGAUCUGUCUUGAAACCAGUUUAAACACUAGUUAGGCCAUUGAUUAUUGCAAUGAGAAUGAAAAUGUAUAUAUAUUUGUAGUGCAAUUUUUGCAAAGAUUAAACAAGUUUCAUAUAAGACAUAUAUGUAAUAACGUCAAGUUAAACUACACAGUUAGCAAUCCAAAUAUAAAACUACAUGAAAGAGAUCAAGAAAAGAAGGAGUUAUUUCAAUAAGGAAAAAUAUACAGAGUAAUGACGAGAUCAAUAAAAUAAAGUACGAUAAUAUUAGAAUCUUAAAUUAAUUCUAAGUAUAUGAAAUGAAAAUAAACGUAUGGGAUAAGAAAAGAAGAAGUGGACUAGAAAUUUUCAGGCAAUAGUAACUGACUUUAUAUCAUAUAGAUAGAUACAUUGUAUCGAACUAAAGCAUGACUCAAGUAAGUGUAAAUGCUAACAUGUAAAAAUUUAAUAACGACUUAAUGAUACACAUUAAUGAUUAUUGUUUCAAAGUUGCUUUCUUGAUUAAAAAAUAUUCAUUAAUGUUCUUCAAGAUCUUUGCACCAGGAACUCUCACAUUAAAUUUCCCAUAAUACUUUUACAUUUUACUUUGUUGCAAAUCUAGUGCUAUACACAUGACAUUGCUGAAUUUUUUCCCAUUUUCAGGAAAUGAGCAUGGAUUAUAGCCCAUGUUGUUGAUCGAUUUUGGGCGAUUUUCACACCUUUUAUUAAAACGCAUGGACAAUA